AUGGCAGGGCCUCAGCCCAAUGGUACGCCCACGGCCUCAGGCCACAAGCCCAAACACAUCAUCAUUGUAGGCGGCUCUCUUGGCGGCCUCUUCACCGGCGUCGCCCUCAAGCAGCAUGGCUAUGACACGACAAUCCUUGAACGCACCCCGACUAACCUGCUUGAGAACCAAGGCGCUGGUAUUGUCGCGGGCGGCGAUACCCUCGCUUUCUUUGAGCGUUACGACCGCUGCAAGCGGCCCGUCGCCGUGACGUCUCAGAAGCGAAUGUACCUCGACGAGUCGGGCAAGGUCGUCCACGAGGAGAUCAUGAAGCAGACGAUGACGAGUUGGGAUCUGUGCUAUUACAUGCUCCGCGCCAAUUAUGACCACCAGCAGAGUGGAUACUGCAAGGUGCCUGGGCCCCAGCCUGGCGAUGGAAAGAUUGAUUAUAGAUAUGGCUGUACAGUGACUGGUUUCCGGGAGGAAGGGGAUAGUAUAAAGGUGUUUUACGACAAGAUCGAUGGCGGAAAGGACUCGAUUGUGGGUGACAUGCUCGUCGGUGCGGAUGGGCCAAGCUCAACUGUCCGGAAAAUCCUAUGUCCAGAAGUCGAGAGGAAAUAUGCAGGCUACUGUGUGAUAAGAGGCACGGUACCUGAGAACGAAGCGUCUGAAGAGGCCAGAAAAGUGUUUGUGGAGAGAUUCACUUUCUUCCAUGCUCCGGGAAUCCAGAACCUGACGUACACCAUCCCGGGGAUCGACGGGGCCAUGGAGCCAGGGAAACGGUUGCUGAAUUUUGUCUGGUAUACAAAUUUUCCUGAAGGCGAACAGGAGCUUGAAGAAUUGAUGACUGAUAAAGAGGGCAAGAGAAGGCGGCUGACCAUCCCACCGGGAAUGAUGCGACCGGAAGCUUGGGAAAUGGUCAAACAACGCGGUCGCGAUCGCCUCCCACCACAGAUGUCCGAGAUGGUCGAGAAGACCAAGAAGCCUUUUGUGCAGUGCAUCACUGACGUGAUCUCCCCGACCAAUAGCUUCUACGGUGGCAAGGUUGUGCUCAUUGGGGAUGCAUUGGCCGGGUUCAGGCCGCACACCGUCGCCAGCACAAGUCAAGCCGCCUUUGACGUCCUCAUGCUCGUCCAGUUUCUUGAAACCGGCGAUCACGCGGAGUUCGUGCGGAGGACCAUGGAAUAUGCGCGCUUAAUCCAGAAAAGAGGCAUGAACAUUGGGAAUAGAAGCCAAUUCGAGAAGCUGCCUUGGAGGGAAUACGUCAAGGAUCGAAAUAUGAUGUCGAUAAAGAGGGAAGACCUAGACUUUCCAGAGUGGACGCAAGUUAGAGUAUAG